AGUCCCAGAGAUACUGGAGCUGAUGGACAGUCAGUUUCGCACCUUAUCCGAGGGAGAGCGCUUCACUUUAAGUGGCUUGACAACACUUCGACUUAAUGAUGUGCUCUGCAGUCUGAAAGCGCUCUGCUGUCGAAAUCCGUCUGCUUGAUGCCAUUAAACUGAACUGCUUGUGGUAGAUAACGCGAGGCUGCGCGCGUCCGCUGGAGAUCGUAAAUUCUACACGAGACAAACACAGAGGACUGGCUGGCUCCUCAGCUCGCGCUCUCCGCCACGCACACACUCACAGUCCUCACGCGCUCGGAAGUUUCGUGGAAUAAUCAGGAGCGUUCGUCCUAGAGGAUUUAGGCUUGGGCUAAAAUCGCUCUCUUUGCGCAUUUGGACGCAGGGAGAGUCGUUUUUUACACCGAGCGGAUCUGAUUUGAGUGCUCGCUUUCAGUCCUCGUUCUCGGAGUACUUCAAGUUGUGGAAGUUUUUGUGCGCAGCGACGGGGGAGAACAUGGGCAUAGCCAGCUGCCUUGCUCUGCCUUGGAAAUGCCUGGUUGUGGUGGCUCUAAGACUGCUGUUCCUUGUGCCCGCAGGAGUGCCAGCGCGAAGCGGGGAUUCGUAUUUAAAGGACAACAUCACUGUCAGACAAGGGGACAGUGCCGUCUUGAAAUGCAAUGUGGACAGCAAGGUAUCGCGAGUAGCUUGGCUGAAUCGGACCACCAUCCUCUUUACGGGGAAUGAGAAAUGGUCGUUGGACCCCCGAGUGGUUCUCCUGAACAACACAGCGGUCACAGAGUACAGUAUAAAGAUCCUGGACGUGAACUUACACGACGAGGGGCCGUACGUUUGCUCCAUUCUCACUAACAAGAAGCCAGAAUCCACCAAAGUUCAUCUCAUAGUACAAGUUCCUGCCAGGAUCGUGAACAUAUCCACAGACGUAACGGUAAACGAGGGCAGCAACGUCAGCCUCAUGUGUCUGGCCAUCGGACGACCCGAGCCCAACAUUAUAUGGAAAUAUCGCUCUACCAGAGGUCGCAGGUUCGUCAGUGAGGGGGAGUAUGUUGAAAUGACUGCAAUUACCAGAGAACAGUCGGGAUCGUACGAGUGCAUCUCCUCUAACGACAUCUCUCCCCCGGACGUGAGGACGGUACAAGUCACAGUAAAUUAUCCUCCGGUCAUUUCGAGGGCCCGCAGCUCAGGAACCCCUGUUGGUCAGAGAGGGGUACUGCAGUGUGAGGCAUUGGCAGUUCCUCUGGCUGACUUUCAGUGGUAUAAAGAAGAUCGUCGCCUCUUCAAUGGACUCAAUGGAGUGAAAAUAGAAAACAAAGGUAAACAGUCCAUGCUCAUAUUUUUCAAUGUGUCUGAAGAGGACUAUGGGAACUAUACCUGCGUGGCCAUGAACAUGCUGGGGAUUUCAAACGCCAGCAUAAUCCUCUAUGGCCCGGGAGCACUGCAUGAUGUGAACAGCGCUGCACUCUCUCCAUCCGUCUCCGUCAGCCUGCUGCUCACUCUCGCUCUCUUUUACCUGAGCAAGUUUUGAUGCUAGAGAUCAUCCCCUGCAUCAGCUUUACUCGGCAUUACACGCAGACAGACUCGAAGGCCCAUGAAUAGAAGCAGAUUCUUUCAGUCACUAUUAUUAUUGUUAUUAUUAUUAAUAAUAUUAUUCUUUGUAAUUUU